AGAAAAGCUGCUGCAGGUGAGCCGCAACGUCCCAACCGCAACGUCUCAAAGUGGCUAGCGUGGAACAUGGGCUUGGCGCUUAGCUCAGCCCCAGGCGCUCUUCAAAGGCCGGACAACCUCUUUUUGCCUCUCGCAGACCAUCUCACUACCACCACCUGCGACACCUCCCGCAGGCACCGGUAUCCGCUCGUUGAUAGCAAUAGACAAUUCGCGAUCUCUCCAGUCGUCGACGGCGCCCUGCCGAAAGGUCUAAGAAGUCGACCCGGCGCAGCUCCGUCCCGUCUGCCUGAAAGCGCUGUCCCCAACGGACUGCCCGCAGCCUCCCAACGAGUCCGCAUACCCACUAUCUCCAUAUACGUGAUAUCCACAAGUGCAAAAUGUCAUACGCUCCGGACGGACGUCUGCUGAGCCCGGGCGAGGUGUAUGAGGACGCGCCCGCAGUCGCAGCACCGCAAGAAUGGCAGGAAGACCUCAAUGUGAUUCUCAUAUGCCCCGAUUGCAGAGAAAAUCCGCCGAACCUUGUAGAGAACUUUUCAGUUGGCGAUACGAUCUGUGGAAGCUGCGGGCGUGUACUCUCCGAACGAAACCUCGACUAUCGAUCCGAGUGGCGGACUUUCUCCAACGACGACCAGGGCAACGAUGACCCCUCCCGUGUCGGAGACGCUGCGAAUCCCUUGCUGCACGGGUCCCAGCUACAGACAGAGAUCGCCUUUGGUGAUGCGAGCGCUCGAACGCGGGAAUUGUCGCGUGCCCAGAAUAAGUCCAACCACGACAAGACCAACAAGUCGCUCCAAGCUGCGUAUGGUCAAAUAUCGGCGUUAUGCGAGUCCUUUCAGAUUCCGAAGCCGGUGGCCGAGACAGCUAAGUUGCUCUACAAGAUUACCGACGACGGCAAGAUCUUCAAGGGCAAGUCGCAAGACGCCGUCAUCGCAGGCUGCAUCUUCAUUGCCUGUCGGCAGCAUGACAUGGGCCGCUCGUUCCGCGAGAUCUACAAGUUGACCAAAGUUUCGAAAAAGGAGAUUGGACGCACAUUCAAAGUUCUUGAGGGUUAUUUGCACACGGUGCUCAAGAAGGAGGCUAGUGGCCCCAAGGUGGCUGGUAGCGGCGCCGUGCUCAGCAACAGCUCCUUCAAAGCCACCAAGGCCACUAGCGCUGCUGAACUGAUCAUUCGAGCCUGCAGCAAGCUCGGACUGGACAAUACGGCGGGAUUGAUUGCUCAAGAAUGUGCAACGAAGGUUACCGAUUUGGGUGUUGCCGCCGGUCGCUCUCCGCUCUCCAUCACUGGCGCAUGCAUUUUCUUGGUCGCUCACCUCAUGGGCCAGCCGAAGACGCCUAAAGAGAUUGGUGCCGCCGUCGAUGUCAGCGAUGGCACCAUCCGCACCGCCUACAAGCUUAUCCAUCAAGCUCUCAAUAAGAUCAUCGAUCCGAAGUGGCUGGAGAGGGGCGGAGACAUGAGCAGAAUCCCGCCUGCUUAGAGCCACAGCGGAAUUGCGUGGCGUGGUCUGGCGAGUGUACCAAGGCUGAACGAAGAGUGAAAGAACCGUCAAUGAUGGUCGGGUUUUGGGAUAAUUUGCAUUACCGGGUCAUGCGUUUAUACACCUUUCUAGCGGGUUGCAUGGGUGGCGUUGGCGGUCUAAGUCACGAGCUGAGCUUCUUUAUACCCCUAGGCUGACUGCCACUGAUAGAUUUACUUUUUGACGUUAAGACCUCAAACAGAA